UGUAAAAGUUGAUAAACAGAUGGCGGCACUUUAGUAGUAAACAACAUGGCUCUUCGGCGAUUUAACUUCGGUGUUACGUUAUCAUCAUGGAAAAUGAAAUAUUCAACCCACAGCGAUCCUCUGGGUACAAAUUUAAAAGAACGGCAAGCUCAAAUGAUGAGGAAAGGUUUGCCGGUCAAGAAACCGAUUGAAGGUGUGAAAAAUGUCAUUCUAGUGGCUUCUGGUAAAGGUGGUGUUGGCAAAUCAACCGUGGCAGUGAAUCUUGCUCUUGCCUUGAGUCGGCACUUGCCUUCCCAAGAUGUUGGUCUGCUAGAUGCAGACAUAUUUGGACCUUCGAUUCCCACUAUGAUGAAUUUGUCUGGCAAUCCUCUGUUGACUGAUAAAAACCUCAUCAAACCUCUCGUCAACUACAACAUCAAAUGCAUGUCGAUGGGAUUUCUUGUUGACAACAAUGCUCCAGUCAUCUGGAGAGGUCUCAUGGUCAUGUCAGCUAUCGAAAAACUUUUGCGUCAAGUCGAUUGGUCGCCUUUAGAUUACCUGAUAAUAGACAUGCCACCAGGCACGGGCGAUACCCAACUCUCCAUAGCGCAAAAUAUCCCAGUGGCCGGUGCCAUUAUCGUCACCACCCCACAGGAAAUCGCGUUAAUCGAUGCCCGCAAAGGGGCGUUAAUGUUUCAGAAAGUCGGAAUUCCCGUCGUGGGACUUGUCAACAAUAUGGCUUCCUAUGCGUGUCCAAACUGUGGGCAUCACAGUCAUAUUUUUGGCGCCACGGGCGCUGAGAAACUCAGCAAAGAAAUCGGUGUAGAUGUCUUGGUAGAUAUACCGUUAGACACCUCUAUAAUGGAGGCUGCCGACGGAGGCUAUCCCAUCGUUAUCUCUUCUACAAGCAAUAAUCCUCUGGUCCAGGCGUACAUGUCGUUAGCCGAAAAGGUUCUUAGUCGAUUGAGUGCUAUUAAGGAUGAGCCGAGCCGGUGAGAAUGAGUAAAGAGAUAGUAAAAAAAAACAAAUUCAAAGAGCCAUUGGAGAGAAGAGAAAAGAAAAGAUUUGUUGCGACUAGACAUCGGCUUCGUCACGUGACCUUUUUUCAAACUAUAUGCCAUCCCCCAUAAGCUCGAAAAAAAUUGGAAAAAAAAAAUACAAUACAAUUUUAGAGAAUUGAAAAAAAAAUUUUCAAAUUUAAAAAAUUGUUGGACGAAAAAGGAAUAGAAAACAUGGAGAAAAUUGGUUGAGUCGAUCAUGGGAAAUCCCCAUCAUCACGGAAUUUAUCAGUUUUUCCUUGGAAGAAGGGAAUUCAAAGAGGUCAUCGUGAGAUCAGCAAAGAAAAGAGAGCCAAAAUUUUUUCAAUUUAAAAAAAAAAAAUUGUUUAAAAAAAAUUUGUUUUUCCGAAACUAGUUCGCGGGAGGGAAAUUUUUCUUCUUCUUCUCUAUAUAAUAUUAUAGGAACACGAGUAAGUAUAGUAACAAGGGGAAAGGUGGGAGGGACACACACACACAAAAGAAGGAUUACAAUGAUGCCAAGGAUCCAUCCAUCCUCAUUCUCUCGCACCCCCAAAACAGAGAAGCGCAUAAAUUCUGUACAGUGAUAAAUUCCGUCCGGGUAGUAGAGAAGGAGGAGGAGGCAAAAACGCUUGUUGGAUGUUUUUUUUGUUGUUGUUGUUUAAUAAUUUCGUGUUAAAUUUUUUUUUUUUUUUAGUUGUAAAUUAAUGGUUUCAUUUCCAAAGGAUUCCCGACAUAUUAAAAAGAAAAAUGACUUCUAAAAAUGGAAUAAAGGAAUGUGUUAGUUUCACAUCUAAAAUAUCCCGUCACCAUGGUUAGUAGCGCCCGAGUUAAUUUGAUGAUUCCCAUGACAAUGCAUUUGGAGUUAAUUGAGAGUUAAUUUUUUUUUGUUGUUGUUUAGUUGUUUUGGUUUUCCUUUCAUCAUCUUCUUCCGUUUGUCCUAAACUGGACAAUGACGAGUUCGUUGAUUUUCGUCUAGCUCCUUUCUCCACGAAUUUCGUUUGCUUUUUUUGAAUGAUUUUCUCUUGAUUUAUUCUUACGGUAAUGUACAAUCGAGUCUUUUUUUUUUCUUUUCUUUUUUUUUUUCUCUCGUUAGUUAGUCGGACUGUUUCUGUUGAGGUGGGUAGGGGGGUAGAAUUAAUAAUGCUGAGGAAGGAGGUUUUGGGUUUUUAACGCUCCGGUGGACGCUCCACGACGUACGGCCUCUUCCGUUCCCGGCAGGAUUUCUUGUGAACGGGCCAGUCCUUUUGUUGGCAGUAGGUCCCGCAGUAUCUGGCUUCCUGUGAAAAAAUAAAAAUCCCCAAUGCGGUUAGUCAGUCAGUUAGUUGAGUAUAGCGCAACGAAAUGAAGUUGGCUCCCAAGUCAAAGAAUGCUUUGUUGUCUACCAAAAGAUAAAAGAUGUCACUCUCUGGCAAUGGGAUAUGGAUAUUCUCGUCUUGACUGUGACUGUGAAGAUGAGCGACUUUGACAUACCUGACACCGUCCGCAAAUAGAGAAUUCCCUGAGCUCGCGUUCCAUAUUCGUGCACGGCGGGUAGUGGCACUCGUAGUAGCAGAAGGUAUCGUCCUCGUCGUCAAUCACCUCGCCGUUGACGUUGUAAUAACGCGUGACUCCCAGCUCGCCAAAAUGCUAAUUAUCCAUUUGCCGGGGGGGGAGAGAAGGGUUUUUAAUAAUGUGAUCUAAUCAAUUUUUAGGAAAAUGUGUACGCUUCAAACCUCUUCGACAGGAUCAGCGGGCAAUUGUUGGAUGGCGGCCCAGUAAAGCGAAUGCUCCCGGGUGGUUGACGACGAUGUGUUUGCGACGUCGUCGCAGUGAAUGUUGGUGCUGGACGACGACGUCGUCGUUGUCGUUGUCGUCGUCACGGUGGCUCGGUGAACGAUGUUAUUAGGAUGGCGACCGCUAGGUGGUGGCGCCGUUCCUUUGGCCACCAGAUUCAAAUUUUCCAGCCGAUUAUCCACCGUGACGCCGUUGCGGUGAACGACUUGGAAGCCCGGCGCUAUCCCUCCACAGUGUCGCUCCCUGCACACAAUUCAAGAAAUGGAAAAAUGAAAUAAAAUAAAAUAAAAUAAAUGACUGAGAGAAAGCCAAUGAAUUUUUCGGGAUUCAUAAAUAAUUGAGCCAUCCAUCCGUUAGUGUCACGGUUGUAUGCGCCGCUGCUAAAUUCAAGAAUCAACUAGGGAGAAAUGAGGUCGGGACCGGCAGUGAGAUGCAGCAGCAGCAGCAGCGAGGGGACUUUACUGGUACCGUGUAAGAGGGACGCGAAGAAUGCCUCCGAUCCACUUCUUCUUUUUUGACCAGCUGCCAAAUGUCACCCCGCCGCAACGUGCAACGACAGCAGGCCGGCAAACAAUUCCAGCAAAGG